UUGAUAUUAGAUAUUUUAACAUAACCAUCAGUAACUAUAUUGUGAAACUGGUCGCGACAGGGGGUAAUAUUGAAGAACCAGGUGGCAACAUAUGGAAUAAAGGAUGGGGACUAAACUCUUGGAAUGCGAGAUAUACUUGUAGCAAUUCUAAACUGAACAUAACUAUUAAGCCUACAAAUGGUGCUGUCACUGAAGGAUCAUGGGAAUGUGAAGUCAGUCAGCCGUACUAUGAUAACUGUCGCCUUGAUGGAAAGAACAAAACCAAAGCCCACAUUUAUGAAGAAAAUGGUUAUUUGAUGCAUGAAAUCUUGUUUAAUAAAAAACUGUCUUGCUGGUAUAUCGUGAAACCUGUAGCAUCGGGUGCAGUAAAACAUACGGUAAAGUAUCGUAUUAUAUGUGUCUUGUAUAAAAAUACCGCGAGUUAUAAAUUUACGUACUGUAGAAUCCGUACGAAGAUAACCCUAUUCUCCGCAGAGCCUCCUUAAGCUUUUAGAAAGCCAAGUAAAUGCGCGUGGAAUGACGGGGAGUAGUGACAGCAUGCAGAUAACACAUUUAUAUACAGAUUGCCGCAUAUUAUCCAUAAUUAUAGCUGUUGGCCCUCAAACAAUCAGAACACAAGCAAUCAUGCAUAUACAUUAUACAUAUGCAUGCACACUCGUAAUUUCUCCCCUAAAUAAGUAAGGGAUAGGGAAUGACCACGCGUGUUUGAUGAAUUAAGCCUAGUUCAUAUGUACCUGUGAAAAACCGUGAAUAUUCUUUAUUUCUUGUUUUUCUUUAAUAUUUAAAAAUGCAUACUUAUAAGAGCUCGUUGCAAAAUAAGAGUUCAGUAAAUGCAAAUUUUCAAGUUUAGAUUUUGACAUUUUGUGUUUAGUGCACGGCUCAGUGUUUAGGGCUCGUAUUCGUGCCGAUUAAUCUUUAAUCGGCACGCUGCAUAUACUAAUGAAUAUACUACUCUUGAAACUGAACGAUCUUAAAGGCCCGUUUACACGGGCGAUUUUUGCUGCGAUUUUAGUUGCGAUUUUCUCCUUUUGGAGGAUGUGAAUGAGUAGAUUACUUAAGAUGUUGUUAUAAGAUUUCACAACCUGGAACAUUUAUAACUCAUCUACUCCUUCACAUCCUCCAAAAGGAGAAAAUCGCAACUAAAAUCGCAGCAAAAAUCGCCCGUGUAAACGGGCCUUAAAGACCAUGUUACACGUGCAAUUUUUCUUGCAACUUGCAAUGCAAUUCUACUCUUGAGAGAUGUUAAUUAGUGAAAUCAAUGAAGAAUUUUCGAUAUGUUGAGAAAAUAUCAGCGGAGUGUAAUGAAGACUCGUAUUUGGCAAUUUUACAUCUCUCAAGAGUAGAAUUGAGAUGCAAGUUGCAAGAAAAAUUGCACCGUGUAACAUGGCCUUAAUUGUGAUUAAAGAAAUCCAGAAAAAAGAUUUAUGCAAAUUAGAAAAAUUCUGCACAUGUGGAUAUAACAACUGGUUUCAUGAAUAAUUUUAAUCGUGAAUUAUUAAUGUUUGUUGAAACCCUUUUAGAUGUCUCCAAGUACAUUUUUAUCAGGAAACGACUUAAUCGAGGUGGGGCACAAGAAUAUUGUUCAGAAAAAUACGAAAAUGGUACAUUGUGUAGUUUCCAAAACGAAGAUGACUGGACACAUCUUACGAAGUUAAUAGAAAGAGAGCCAAACCAGGCCAACUAUUACUGGACAGGCCUGAAGGGAACGUUGAAUUUUGAAUUCAGUGAUGGAACAUCCACUGAUUAUGCCGAAGAAAAAUGUAAGCCGAGCCAGAACUGCGAUGAUUGCUGCUUUCUUAUUGGAAAAAUAUCGCGUGGCUCUGUGUGGAAGCGUUGCAGCACAAGUACAUAUUUUAUUUGCCAGAUCAAAAAAGGUAAUCAAAUUUGUCGUUGAUUAUCAUGCAUGCGCGACAAAAUAUUUUGAAGAAGUACAUCAGUGCAUGCAUGCCGAUAAAAUAAUUCCGUAUGGAACCACCUGUGUUCACAAAACACGGAAAUAUCACAAUUUACUUAUUUUUCUUUCGUCUUCUCUUAUUUCAAGAUAUUUUUCAGAAUAUGCUUUGUUUUUAUUGUGAAAACGGAUGCCGUGUUUUUUGGUUAAAUAUCAAGUUCACUAGUGUCUGCAAUUUUAAAUGCAUGCGUGUGAGUUUUCGAAGGAGAGAACAUAUAACUUGCUUCUGAAAUCUUUAAGGUCCCUUCUUUUAUCGUGGCUAUGUUAAUUAUAUUGCCUGGAUCAAAACUGCAACUGCCCGGCAAGCCCCUGCACGUUCUUUACCAAUACUCUCUGGAAUUUCGUGUGCCAAAGCACACUCGCGUAAUGCAUGUAUAUAUUUAUGUACUGUUUAAUAAACGAUCAGGAGUGUUUCAUUAGGUUUAAAGUCACGAACGCGCAGCGCGUGUGGCUUUAGACCUAAUAAAACACGACCUGCGAGUUUAUUAAACGACUUCAAACACGACAAAAAUUCAAUAAAUAAAUAAAAUAGAAAAAAAAAUUUAAAAAAAACAAAACAAAAAAAACAAAUUCAAUAGAUAUCUCAUUAGUAUUCUUUAUAUAAAGAAUACUAAUUAGGAGUGUUUUAUAAGCCCUGCACGUGACAUAUUAUGGUUGACAUGAUUUGCCAAUAAGCUUAUGAUAAUGAUGUUUGAAAAAUAAAUAAAAUACCCUUAUUUCACAUCAGAAAAUACGAGAAAGGGGCAUACAGCUAUUUCAAUUAAGGUUGUCCACGAGCAAAGCGGAAAAGUCGAAUACGAGCGCGAAAGGCUGCUGGGAAUCGUUAACAGAUUAAUGAAUUUUCAAAGCGGUUCCCAGCAGCCUUUCGCGCUCGUAUUCGACUUUUCCGCUUUGCUCGUGGACAACCUUAAUUGAAAUAGCUGUAUAUCGAAAAGACUAUAUGGCAGGGUGUAUAAAAAAAACUGAACAGAAUUUGCUCUAAGUUUCGCAAAACAGCCAUUAGUAUCCAAUUUUCGAUGUAUAUAGUAUCUUUGGGUACUUAUAAUGUAGAAUAAUGAAAAAAAUUUCUCGAACUCAAAUUUUGUAAACCAGGGGGGGAGGGUGUCUUUUCCAACAGACUAAAAAUGGCUUGCGCACGAAAUUUAAAAGCUUUAAUCAUAUUCUGAGUUAAUAGAUGGAAAAUUGGUUGGGUUUUUAAUUACUGUACAAAAUUUCAGACAAUUUGCUGUAGUUUAAGUCCCUUUAACUAUUCAUUUUUCCUAAAAAAUCAGCCUUUCGCAUGUUUAAUUAAUGCCUUUACCUAAUUUGCAUAUUGUUGACAUAUGCAAAUUAGGCAAAGGCAUUAAUUAGCAUGCAAAUAGCUGAUUUUUUUUAGGAAAAAAUGCAAGUUUGCGUGAAUAGUUCAAGGGCUUAAACUAAAGCAAAUUGUCUGAAAUUUUGUACAGUAAUUAAAAACCCAACAAAUUUUCCAUCUUGUAAUUCAAAAUAUGAUUAAAGCUUUUAAAUUUCGUGCGCAAGUCAUUUUUAGUUUGUUGGAAAAGACACACCCCCCUGGUUCACAAAAUUUGAGUUCGAGAAAUUUUUUUCAUUAUUUUACAUUAUAAGUACCCAAAGAAGCUAUACAUAUAAAAAACUGGAUACUCUAUUAUAGCUGUUUUGCGAAAUUAAGAGCAAUUUCAAAUCUGUUCAAUUUUUUUUUAUACACCCUGUAUAAAGGCCGGUGAACGGAUUGAUCGAGUGUCCACAUCACAAACCAGAUUGCUUUAAAUGAUGAAUUGUUGUCCGCAAUAACAUUUCUCUUUUCUCUUUGAUGAUAAAAGUGUUAUGAUUCUGUUUUAUUUACGCGAGGAACGGAAUCGUUACAACAUAAGAUUAUACAUACUAAUGUUUGAUAAUGUUGUAAUAAUGUUCUGUUCUGCUUCUUCGUGUGUUCUUGUUUGUCAGCUGGUUGACCAGUCUUGUAUUGUUUGAGUUUCUGUAGCGUUUUACUCGGUCAAUGUCCAUUCACUAGAGUUGGGCUGGUAACUCCUUUUAUCAGCUCACCGUAGAGGGGAAUUUAUAGAAUAUACAUGUGACUGAAAAUGUGGUAUGAUGUUGAAUGAACCAAUCAGCGUUCAGAUGGUGUACUGUUGAACCCUCGUCUCAGUUCUCUAAGUUUGUUUAUUACAUUAAAUGACAUUAUUCAGCUCACUCCCCAUUGGGGCUUUUCAGUGACCGACUAUAUCCAGUAUUACACUUACUUAUGUUACUUAGUUUAGACUAUUUAUAUUUACAACAAUUGUGCUAUUAUUUUCCUAACUGUGUUUAUCCUAACCGUUCCUACCAUCUCCUUCUGUUUGCAUUUAAUAAACGCUUGUAGAUUACUUACUUAAUUUGGUUAUCAUGUUAAGACUUACAUAAGAACCUUAAAUAUAGCUUGUUACGAAAGAUGAAACCUAAUUGCCACAACACAUUAACAUAAUGCAUACUGAACUUCAGGCAACAUUUUCUCUUUGGCUUGUUAUCUAAAACCUCUUUAUCAGUUUAGCAUUAUUUUACAGAUAAAGCGCUAAACGUACUUUGAAAGUUUGUUUAGUGCUUGAGAAACGUAUCAAUUAAGAAUUUUAAAAAAUGAAUAUAUAUAGUCAUAACCAAGUGGAAAAGUAUUUCAUUACUUUUGAGCGCGUGUUACGUAAUAUACAAAGGAUUCUCUUUUUAAUAUUAAUGUAUAUGCUAUGGAAGUAGUAAAGCCUCGCAAUUUGUGACUAUUUUCUCUCUAUUUAAAUUGCGUGCGCAAAGGUUUUGUAUUUAUGAUCCAAGCAGGUACUGUUAGCAGGUUUUUAUGACUAUUUAAAAUGCACAUGCUAUUUUGUUAAAGUUUUAAAGCAUUAUUAUGAAUAAAUAAUGAAUGGCACAUACGUCAAAAACUUCAUCAAGUGUACAACGGUGAACAGCAUCAUACGGAAAGUUACAAAUAUCGUUUAAAGGAUGAACAUGCUGUGUUGGUUUCUUAUUAUCUUCACAACAGAAGUUUGUUUUGGACAACAUUCGCAUGGUGAGUAUACGGUUUACUUUUUUUGUGUUUUAAUAUUACUCACUUAGUAGACGAUUUUAGACACAUUUUGGUAUGCCUCGCAUCAAACGAGGCAUGAGAGUUGACAGCCACGCGACCUUGGUUAGCUGUUCUUAAUGCUUUCCCAAUACUAUCAUGUAUUCUAUUUAAGUAAAAAUAUAGUUGGAACACUCGCGAAAUCCUUUAUUUUGUUAAUCUAGAGCUUGAAAUGUCUCCCGUAACAAGUUGUCAAGUUAUUUGCUUGAUGGUAUAAUGAGUUAAACACGUAACGACUUGAUUCGUAAGGAAUACGACAGAUUUUAAAGUCUCUCCUCAUGAUAAAUAUCCUGGCUUCAAAAUUAAUUGCCUGAAUUCAAACGAUUGCUCUAUAUUCAGUUUAUAGGGUUUUGGAAACAAUAAUGUUAAUUAGGUUCGCUACAUAAUAAGCGUGAUAUUCGAACCUGUUUUAUUCUUCAAUGCAUCUUAAAUUUUUUAAAAAAUUUUCUAUACUUUAAUCAAGAUCAUUGUAAACAACAUAUAUGAGUAUACAUAUGAAUCCGCCCCCAAAUCCACCAUAUCGACCCCUCACAGGAUGCCAACCGUGAAAGGGGCAAUUGACAUUAGAAGUACUUGCGUCAUGUCACUGUGAAACAACGAAUAUUUGAUCCACAUGUGUCCCACAGUGCAUUAUGUAUACCUUUUUAGGUCAUAUGUAUGUUAGAGAGAAGAAAAUGCUCACUCAGCCACAAGCACAAGAGUAUUGUUCAAAACUCAAUGGAAUUUUGCAUGAUUUCCAAAGCAAUAUUACAAAUCAUCAAGACGACGUUAGGUAUUGGGCAGGCCUUGUGUAUAUCGAAGAAAUAAAGAAAUAUGGAUUUAGUGAUGGUUACCUAAGCAAGGGCGUAGUUGAUGGUAACCAGAAUGGUGGAAAGCUUUGUGUUAUGGCAAAAAUGGAGGACGAUAACAAAUCACCUAAGUUACGUUCGUCAAAAUGUUGCGAUAAACGUGCAUAUGUCAUUUGCAAGGUUCCAAAAGAUGGCAGAGUUGCUGGUACUAGCUUAUUGUUACUUUUUUCUGUACUUUUAUUUUUUAUUUAUUUUUUCCCUCUCACACUGUAGAGAACAGGAAAAGUUUGGUUCCAUUCGGAAUUCGACCUCGCAGCUGUGGGUUUCUUGUUUCUCGUGUUCCAUACCUAUACUUGGAGCUAUAUAUCCAACAAGGAGCUGGGAGCAUCCUGGUUUGGUCCAACAAAUGAAUAAAAAUUCCACUCGAAAUUUCCAACUACAAAUCUCUUCAAUAAUGGACAACUUGCAUGUUAGACUAAAUUUUAAUCUAAGUAAAGAGAAGGGAAUCAAACACCACAGCUAAAAAGAACAUAAUGAAAUUAGUGAAAUUGCAAAGUUUGGUUGCGAAAUGUUGUAAAGCUUGGAAAAUAUAUCCUUGCAAAGUUUGCAAAUUUUGUAUAUGUUUGUAUUACGUGCGGAAAUUGUUACCGUUUUCGGCUCAAAAAUGGUAACAAUUUCCGCACGUAAUACAAAUAUACUGAAAAUAUGCAAACUUCGCAAGGCUAUAUUUUCCCUAUUUUACAACACUUAGUAACCGAAUUUUGCAAUUUUACUAAUUUUAAAAAGUUCUUUACGGAAUUUACUUUUUUUUGCCUAGAUCAAAAAUUAGUCUAACAUGCACGUUGUCAAUUAGUUCUAUCGAGUGCGAUGCCCCAUAUCCUGAUAUUUACUUGUAUACCGUACAUUGGCGUCACCUUAGUAUAUAUACAUGAAAUUGUGGUUAGAGCUCGUCAACUGUCAGCUCUGUUGGUUAGAGCGCUGCACCCGAAAUCGCAGGGCCACAGGUUCCAUUCCUGCCAGAGGGCCGAUAAAUGAAAUUCUUUGUUUCAUAUAGUGUAUGUUUCAAAAAUGCCAUAGAAGGAAUUUAUAAUAUUCAUUUUAUUUUUAAAGGUAAGACUGUAAGUAGAAUCAUGGUCAAGAUAACUGUUGAUAACACUGGAAGAUUAAUCACCGACUCAGGCGAAAAGAGAAACGUGGUUUGCAGUUGGAAAAAAGUGAAACAUUUUACAUUGUCUGGACAAACGAAACAUGUCACGAUUAAAGCUCAUAAUGCCAGGGGAAAGGGUGGGAUACUUGCAUCGUUUAGCAAUAAGGUGGUCACAGAUGGUUCAUGGGAAUGUGCAGACAUGAGUUCGUGCACUGCCGCUGAUUGUGCUCCAUGGACGAAAGCGACAACACAUGAUUUGAAAGAACCUUGGAAUGAAAGAAAUCAAAUCAAAUCAACAGCCCAAUGGAUAUGGGCAGAGAAUGAAGCGGCUACAAGGGUAUGGUGUAGAAAGAGGUUUG